GCUUUCUUCCCCCAUCCACUUAACUUGAGGAAUUCAUCCACAGGUCAUGCUUUAUCCUUCUCUACUACUUUUGUAUUUGCCUUUGCCUCUUGGGAGUUGAUCAGAUUAUAUGGUGGAAUUGGAAUGGCAUUCGUGAUAGCACCCACAAGAGAGCUCCCCGGUGCUUUCCAUGCCCAUUAUCUUGGCCUCUUCAACUCAACCAAUAUUGGCAAACCCUCCAACCAUAUAAUCGCAAUCGAGCUCGAUUGCAAACAAAACCAGGAGUUCAACGACAUCGAUGGAAACCACGUCGGUAUCGAUAUCAAUGACUUGAAAUCUGUUGAGUCUGCACCUGCAUCUUAUUUUAGUGAUGAAGAGAAUAGGUAUGUUAACUUGAGCCUCGUAGGUGGACAACCCUUGCAACUCUGGGUGGAAUAUUAUGGUGGAGAGAAGAAGCUUAAUGUGACUUUAGCUCCUAUUAAUGUCCCUAAACCAAAGAUCCCACUCUUGUCAUUGAAAAUUGAUCUUUCUCAGAUCAUUAUGGAUUCCAUGUUUGUGGGCUUCUCCUCAGCUACAUAUUCCUUCCCAGUACCCCGUUAUGUUUUGGGAUGGAGUUUUAAAAUGAAUGGGGGUGAAGCAAGAGAACUCACUCUCUCCCAACUUCCUAAGCUUCCUCAUCCAAAGAAACAUAACACUAGACUUUUUAAGGUUACAUUUUCGGUGAUAGGUGCUUCUACUUUAGUGUUCAUCUCCAUCUUCAUUAUCCACUUUAUAGUGAAAAGGAAGAAAAAGUUUGCUGAAGUGCUUGAGGAUUGGGAACUUGAUUAUAAACCUCACAGGUUCAAAUAUAAAGAUCUCUACAUAGCCACCAAGGGGUUCAAGGAUCAGGAGCUUCUUGGAACUGGUGGCUUUGGUAGGGUUUAUAAAGGUGUACUACCAAAAUCCAAGACACAAGUUGCAGUGAAGAGAGUCUCCCAUAAUUCUAGACAAGGGGAGAGAGAAUUCAUUGCUGAGAUCGUCAGCAUCGGUAAAUUGAGGCAUAGGAACAUAGUUAGACUCCUGGGUUACUGUAGACGGCAUAAGGGAGAGCUUCUUCUGGUCUAUGAUUUCAUGCCCAACGGGAGUCUAGACAAAUUCCUCUUCAAUCAAACAACAACAGAGACGACGAUGAUCAGUUGGUUUCUAAGAUUUCGAAUCAUCAAAAGCGUCGCGUCUGCAUUGUUAUAUUUGCAUGAAGAAUGGGAACAGCUUGUGGUUCAUAGGGAUGUAAAGUCCAGUAAUGUGUUAUUAGAUAAGGAGCUAAAUGGAAGCUUAGGAGAUUUUGGGCUUGCAAGAUUAUAUGAUCAUGGAACUGACCCUCAAACCACACAUGUAGUUGGGACACUUGGUUAUCUUGCUCCUGAACUAAUCUCUGGAACUGGCAAAGCAAACCCUAGUGUGGAUGUGUUUGCAUUUGGGGCUUUUUUGCUUGAAGUUGCUUGUGGUAGGAGGCCCAUAGAACCAGAAGCAUCUGAAAAGUGUGUGGUGUUGGUUGAAUGGGUGAUCUCAAGUUGGAGUAAGGGUUCCAUACUUCAAACUGUGGAUCCCAAAUUGGGACUUAAUUAUAAAGCGGAUGAAAUGGAGCUGGUUUUGAAACUUGGUUUACUGUGUUCACAAUCUGUUCCAACUGCAAGGCCAUGCAUGCGACAAGUAGUACGAUAUUUGGAAGGAGAGGUUCCUCUACCAGAGUUAUCAUCUUUGUAUCAAAGCAUAGGCACCUGAUGAAUGUAGUCUAUAGGAACGUAGGGCUUUUCUUUCUUUAUCACAUGACCAAGGGAAGCUCAUCGGUCCCAAGAAGUUCAAC